UCUCACUCCUCGUUUACGGUUACUGGAUUCACUCGGGGGAUUUAUUUUUUAUUUUUGGCUUUAAUUAUGAUUAUCUUCCCGUUGUGUUAUAAUCAAUCAAUCAGAUAAUCUAUUCCCCGAUUUGGACUGGUAGUGGCUCUCUUUUGCUUUUGUCUUUUAUUUAUUUUACUUAUCAACGGCUGGGCUGUCCGCAAGUAUUUAUGCGUUGUUCUUGUUCUCCUGUCCUCCGAUAGAUCUUCAGCCCUCUUUCAUCCUCUUUCUCCCCUCCUUAGGCAACAUGACCACCGACGUAUUUGCAGUUCCUAUAUUCUUUAUUUGCUUUCGAGAAUGCGUUGAAACCAGCAUCAUUGUUUCCGUUUUACUCGCCUUUAUCAAGCAGACACUGGGAUCGGAUACUGAUGCUGUUACUCGCAAAAAACUGGUCAAACAGGUAUGGUGGGGAGUUGCCAUCGGGCUGUUUAUAUGCCUUUGUAUUGGAGGAGGUAUGAUUGGGGCCUUCUAUGGGUACGGUAAGGACCAUUUUGCUAGUACAGAGGAUCUAUGGGAGGGCAUCUUCGCCUUAGUAGCCGCCGUCAUCAUCACCGUCAUGGGAGCAGCCCUCCUGCGGGUGAAUAAACUGCAGGAGAAAUGGCGUGUCAAGCUGGCCCAGGCGUUAGAGGCAAAACCCCAGUCCCAAGGAAGAAUGAGAGAGAAGAUCAAGCAAUGGACACAAAAGUAUUUCAUGUUCAUCUUACCCCUGAUCACGGUUCUCCGAGAGGGCCUUGAGGCAGUGGUGUUUAUCGGGGGUGUUAGUCUCAGCUUCCCUGCCAGUGCGUUCCCUCUCCCUGUAUUCACUGGGAUUUUGGCUGGUGUGGUGGUGGGCUAUAUCAUUUAUCGGGGCGGGAACCAAACCUCCCUUCAGAUAUUUAUGGUCAUCUCGACAUGUCUACUCUACCUGGUCGCUGCUGGACUUUUGUCUCGAGGCGUUUGGUUCUUGGAGAAUAAUACAUGGAGUAAUCUCAUCGGCGGCGAUGCUGGAGAAACAGGGGCCGGUCCUGGAUCUUAUGACAUCCGCCAAAGUGUGUGGCAUGUGAAUUGCUGCAGUCCCCUGGUGAAUGGUGGCGGAGGAUGGGGAAUUUUCAAUGCCAUCCUUGGAUGGCAAAAUUCCGCAACCUAUGGUUCUGUCAUCUCCUACAACCUCUACUGGCUGGUGGUCAUCGUCUGGUUCGUUGUAAUGCGGUACCGGGAACAACACGGAAGUUGGCCAUUAGUGGACCGCUUGGUUCGGCGAUACAAAAGCCAGAAGGCUGAGGGAGGUGCGAUACAUUUCGAGAGUACAGCAGACAUCGGAGACUUGACUGGUAACAAAGCCUCAGGGAGUGGAGUAAUGCGUCUCCAUGCCACUGAAGUCUGAUGGGGUAGACGCAUGGUGUAGAAUUGCGUUUGUGUUGGCAUAUGUCUGCUCUGAGUAUGGGAUAGUGUAUCGGACUCCAUCCGUUGACCCCUCGUGAG